UUGUCACUCUGCAUUAGGAAAAGAUAAAGGCAGGAACUUACGUAACCAUUAUUUGGAGAAACCCGAUCCUUGCAGUCCCUCCUUUCGUUUUAUGAGUUAGCACUUUCUUCUGGGCUCACAUGCAGUGGUGACCACCCGCACCAAGCUCCUGUGAUUUGCCGCUGCUGUCUCACACACUCGCUGUGCUCCAGCACACAUGGCUAAUGAAUCGAGGCCCUGCCCAUGUGAUAUUGGAGACAAGCUGGACUAUGGAGGCCGUGGGCAGGAAGUACAAGUUGAGCACAUCAAGGCAUAUGUGUGCAAACCACCUGCCAGCACAGACAAGGCUGUGAUUGUGAUUCAUGAUAUAUUUGGAUGGGAACUCCCGAACACCAGAUACAUAGCUGAUAUGCUAGCAACUAAUGGAUACAUAGCCACCUGCCCAGAUUUUUUUGUGGGACAAGAAGGUUGGAAACCUUCUAAUGACUGGGCGACUUUCGAUGACUGGCUGAAAACCCGAAGUGCCGGCAAAAUAGACAAAGAAAUUGAUGUCAUCCUGAAGUACCUAAAGGAACAAUGUGGUGCAAAGAAGAUCGGUGUCGUCGGGUUUUGCUGGGGUGGAGCAGCAGUACAACAUCUGAUGCUGAAAAAUCCUCAUUUACAGGCAGGGGUGUCCAUCUAUGGAGUGAUCAAGUUCUUUGCGGACACAUCCAGUUUGCUUCAUCCCACUUUCUUCAUUUUUGCUGAAAAGGAUGACUUCAUCCCAUUGCAGCAGGUUGCCGUACUGGAAGAGAAGCUUAAACAAAACUGUAAAGUUGAUUAUGAAGUUAAAAUCUACCCUGGACAGACGCAUGGGUUUGUACAUCGCAAAAGAGAAGAUAUCAAUCCUCAAGACAAACCUUAUAUUGAAGAAGGAAGAAAGGAUAUGAUCAACUGGCUGAAUAAAUAUCUUUAGCAUAAAUAAAUGCCCCUAAAAUAAAUCAAUUGCUGAAGGAAAUCAGAAAAUAAUGCAGGCUGUAUUGAUUAAGAUGCUCUUAAAACCAUCGAAAUAUUUCAUAAAAUUCGUUUGCAACAACACUACUUAUUUUCACUUAUUUUCUAAGUAGAUGCUUAGAAAUGGCUUUUUGAAUUCUGAAAGCUAUAAAAGUAAAGACAGAUUUUAAAAUUUGA